GCGGGUGUCAGAGCCCGCGUGGCCGAGGGGCGAGCAGGCACCCGCAGGGUGUGCCUUUAAGGGUACACCUGGCUCGGAGCCCUGACCCGCCUCUGUGCUCAGCGUCACCCAGCUCUUCCUCCUUCCCCGGCGGGGUUUCUGUUUCUCUGGCUUCUUUCCCUCACUGCCCCGAUCCCCAGCACAAGAUGGCUUUGUCCGUCUCGCCGAAGCUGGAGGAGAAGCUGGUGUGCUCCAUCUGCCUGGAGCUCUUCAAGGUGCCCGUCACCUUGCCCUGCGGCCACAACUUCUGCGAGCGGUGCAUCAGCGACCACAGGACCAAGCAGGAGCAGGCGGCCGCCGGGGCCAAGCAGAGCUACCCAUGCCCCGAGUGCCGCCAGAGCUGUGAGUCGCAGCUGGAGCUGAAGAAGAACGUGACCCUGUGCAAGGUGGUGGAGCUGGCGCAGGCGGGCAAGGUGUGGGUGCAGCAGUGCGAGGUGGCCCACGGCGGGCUGUGCCCGCGGCACGGGCGCCCGCUGGAGCUGUACUGCGAGGAGGAGCAGCGGUGCAUCUGCUGCGUCUGCACCGUGCAGCAGUGCCAGCGGCACCGGCGGGCGCUCUUCGAGGACGAGCACUCCAGGAAGCAGGCCCUCCUGGAAAAGUCCCUGAAAGAAGCCCAGGAGGAGUCGGAGAAGAUCGAGCGGGCGUUGCAGGAGCUGGAGGAGCGAACGCAGAGCAUCAAGGACUCCUCCGAGGGGCUCAGCUCAGUGAUCCUGAGCAAAUUCACCCACCUGGAGAAAGGUCUGGAGGCUUUCCGGUGUCAGAUGGUGGCCAAGGUCGAGCAAGAGCUGGUGGCGGCGCUGGGGCGCGUGGAGGAGGACUCCAGCACCCUGAAGGAUCACCUGGACGCCCUCAGACAGCACCAGGAGCAGGCACGGCACCUGCUGGCCUGCACCACGGACCACAGGACCUUCCUCGAGGAAUUCCCCCGGCUCCCGGCCUGGGAGAGCCUGGCGGUGCCGCCCCCGGUGCAGUUCGACGCGGCCGGCGUGGUGGAGCCCGUCAGCGAGAUCCUCGCCGACAUCUCCCGGCUGCUGCUGGAGGAUUUGCCCGGUGCCAUGACCCCCAAAGCCCCCGACCCUGUUGUUUCAGGCCCAGUGCAGCCCAAGGGGACAGAGAUGAAGGCAGCGACCCCUGCGACCCCUCUCCCCAAGUGCCAGAUCCGAGCUGAGCUUCUGAAGGACCACCGCAACCUCACCUUCGAUCCCGACACGGCCAACAAGUACCUGGAGCUGUCGAAGGGCCACCGGCGAGCCAGGCACGGCACCGGCGCCGCGGGCGGCUGGCAGGAGCGGGGCCGCCCCUUCGAGCCCUGGCAGGUGCUGUGCGCGCAGGGCUACGGGCAGGGCUGCCACUACUGGGAGGUGACCAUCUCCAGCCACUCCGUCAUCCUGGGGGUGACGUACCGCGGCCUCCCCCGGCAGCAGCCGCCGGGCCACAAGUUCAGCAUCGGGCUGGACGGGGGCUCGUGGGGGCUGCAGGUGCGGGAGGACAGCUACCUGGCCUGGCACAAGGGUCGGGAGGAGAAAAUCCAGCAGCGGCUCUACGCCGAGCUGGGGGUCCGCCUGGAUUACGGCCGGGGGCUGCUUUCUUUCUACGGCCUCGGGGAGGAGACGCAGCUCAUCCACCGCUUCCACGCCGUCUUCACCGAGCCGCUCUACCCCAUCUUCUGGCUGUGCGAGGGCCGCACCAUCACGCUGGGCCGCAGGGACUGAGCUCCAGCCGGCCCCGUGAGCGCCGUACCCGGGGCUGGAUGGGGUUCAGUGACUUUAAUGAGAGCCCAAGAGGCCAGGCAUCCACAUCAGCCCCGAUUUGCAUAUGCAAAUAGCACAAUGGUGACACAUGACAGGCAGAAGGUGUACUGGUGAUGACCUUGCAGUGGGAUGAAGGCCCUGCUGGCUGUGCAGGGGUGCAAGGCCGUGCUUCUCCUCUUCCUCCCGUCCCGGCAAAA